AUGCAGCAGAACAUCGUAGACUCUUCAAUUAUGCAAGGGCUAAGCAGUCUGGUAAAGGGAAUUAUAAGUGGAAAAAGUCUCAAUGUUCCCUUAUAUUUGUGUAUCAGUAGUUGUGAUGCAGAGAAGCUGCCAACUUCAGUAAAAGACAGAACAGCAUUGUUGAAUGCUUGGACCCAAGAUGCUGUCAUUACAUUUAAUAGUGAUGGAGACAGUUCCCACUUUCAUGACAAGCUAUUGUUGACAUUUCCACAAUUAGCAAACAGUGGAUAUGAUGAGUCAGCAUUUUGCCCAUUAAAAUCACCUGACGUCCCAAGAAGGGUCAAGGAUGGUGGCUGGGCAGUGCAAGAUAUAUAA